CAAUCUGUUGUCCCGGUCGAAUAAUUUUUUUUUUUAAAUAAUAAGUGUUCAACAAAAUGUUUGUGAUUCGAUUUGUUUUGGUGUCUUGUUUUGGUUUAGUGAUUUUAAAAAGUGUAGAGGCUGAAUUUAUAAAAGGUUAUGCUGGUGGUGUGUUAGUUUGUGAGAACGUUACAAAAAUUACUCGAGAAGUUUUGAACGAAAAUUAUGAAAACUUUAAAUCGAUAAGGAUAUGGAACACCUCCGAACCUUUUGGAAUAUCUCCAUUUACAAACAUGAAAAACUUAAAAAUUAUUCAAAUUGGUGGAAGCCGAAUUGGAAUAAUAUAUUCUGAAACUUUUAAAGAUCUAUCACAUUUACAAUAUGUAUAUAUAGAUCAUGUUAUAAUAGGCGAUAUUCAAGAAUCAGUGUUUUACAAUUUACCCCAACUGGAAAAAGUAGAGAUAAUGUAUACGAAUAUUCCAUUUUUAAGAAAAGGCAUUUUCCGUAAUGUCCCACAACUUUCCUUGAUAUACCUUCAAAACAAUAACAUACGUUAUAUAGAAAAUGAGCCUUUUUACAACGUACCAUACUUAAAAGUACUUUUACUUCAUAACAACUUGUUAACUGUUGUAACAAAAGAUAUGAUGUAUAAUCUGGCUAAUUUGGUACAUUUAAAUUUGGCUAACAACAGUAUAUCAAUAAUAGAAAAGAAUAGUUUUGACGCAACUCCAAUUCUAACGAAACUUAAUUUAGAAGAUAAUCAACUGAAAACACUUGAUUUGGACAUAUUUCCUUCGACCGGAAUGGAAAAUUUAAAAGUGAUUUAUUUAAAUAGUAAUCAAUUGAUGUAUCUUCCAUCCAAAUUUUUUACGAGAACACCCGCUUUAGAGGAAAUUGGUCUGAGUCACAAUCCAUGGUUUUGCCCUUGUCUGUUUAAAAUCUAUGGGAUUUUAAAUCGAUCCAACAUUAGGGAAGUUUGGGUUAAGGAGAUCUGCAUAAAAUCUCGUGAUAAUCCUUGCAAGAAACCAAUGCCUUUUAGUCCCUGGAGACUUCCCAUUUGCAUCAAUAGAAACGUCUUAGACAUUAAUUGUAUAAAUACAUAUAGUCCAAAAUUAAGUGGAAAGUAUUUGAAGUACACCAAAGAUUACAAUGAAUUUUUUGGACACGACAUCAAACUCUUGUACUAAGCUUUAAUAUAUACAUUUUAUUUUUGGAAAAUUUUUAUAUUUAUAGUAGGUACCUGCCAGUUACUCUUAUCUGUUUUUUUUUUGUGUUUAAUUGAUAAAAAUAUUUUAAUCUAUUGAAAUUAUUUCUGUUUAUUUUAUUGAACUUUACUUGGCAGGUGUUAAAUCAUGGGCGUAACAAUUAAAUAUUGGUUUAUUAUUUUUGUUCUUGUGUUUACCAUUAGUUACAAUUUUGGUUUUGAAUAUUAUUUGCAGGGGUCAUUCAUGCAUGCAUUUUUAUAAAUUUUCUUCUUUUUAUUGAUUUACUAAAUCGUUGAGAAGAUAAAACUUGUUGAAAUUUUGACUGAAUAUUUUUAUGAAAAAAUUUUCUUUUGCUUUUUUUAAUGCACAAUCACUGUGUAAUAAAUUUGAUGAAUUUAAAACUUUUAUUUUUCGCGAAAAUUAUGAUGUUAUAGGAGUUGGAGAAACCUGGUUUAAUAAAAAUAUUCUAGACCAUACUAUACACAUUUUAUUGCCGUAUCAGUAAAAAACCUUUUCUGACAAAAACUAGGCGAGAGUUAUAAAUUCCAAAAUGGAACUUUUAUUUUUAAAAAUGUUAUUAAGUAUAAAAUACACUUAAAUGGAUAUCUGUACUAAAGCUACUUCAAAUAACACUCACACUCACCCUCACACUCACACUCAUACUCACACUCACACACACAGAGAUCAUCGCGAAAAUAGUCAAAACGGAUUCAGGGGACCUCAAAACGUAAAAAUCUUUCGAAAAGUCGAGGUCGAAAAAAAUCAUGAUUCCUAUACUUUCCUUAUAUCUGUAUACAGAUAGGAAAGUAAAAAGUAAUAUAAUCAAUAUAAAUCAAUAAUAAAACAUAGGCAGGUACUUAUGAGAAAAUGUAUGGGAUCUUGCCUAAGCCUAAUAAAUUAUCAUUGAAGAAUAGGUUAAAUAAUGUCAAAAUAAAAACAUAACCUAUAUAAUAACGUAGAAUUAAAACGUAUUAACAAAAAUAAUUGGUAUAUUUGUGAUUGUAAUUUAUAUUUUCUUCUUUUUAGUUUGAAAGAAUCAUAGGAAAUUAAUGAUUAAAACUGGUUUCCUAUUAAUAAGUCACAAGAUUGCAUUUCAGCCACAUAAAAUAUUCAAAGGCAGAAAUCUAAUCAUUUGCUAAACAUUUAAGAUUGAAGAAUAUCAUAAAAUAAUAAUUUAAUGUUUAUUUAAAAUUUAUAUAAUUUACAGUUUUUUUGGUAGUUGCAACAUAGCAACUUUGGUGGCUCAUUUUAUUGUUUUUAACAUAAUUUUUUUUAGUAAAAAGUAAAAUGUAUACGUGUAUUUAAUACGCCAAAAUUACAAAAUAUCGCGCUAAAGUACUCGAAUUAUCCGCAGCUUGCGCUAGUAUCGCUUUUGCUUCCCCUACUAUGACUUUGCACUGAUCGAAUAGGCCGCAGCCAUUUUUUAACAUGCCUUAGCGUGCUAAACAUUCUUUCGAUUAACUCUGUCGUUGGUGGAAGAGCCAUAAUUAAUUUUUAAACUACUUUGUAUGUCUGGAUAAAAUUCACAAUAUUUGGACACUAUAUCAUUGUGAGAUCAUUGUGUGCAGAAAGCUCUUUCGUAUUCCAGUUUGGUAUUCAGCUUCAAAAUUGUCGAUUCCCAAUUUUUCCACUACUUUCAUUUUCUAAUCGGUAGUGAAAGAAGAAUAACUAGCUUAAGGAAAAACUAACAGAGUUUUUGGAAAAGCGUGAUGUAAGCUAUGCAAUAAAUAUAUUCAACCUAUAAUAUUCUUCAACUAUAUUAGCCUGAAUAUUAUUAUUUCUAUGAGAUUGUUGUUCGUAAUGCAUGUCUAACGCGUUGUUGAUUAAGUCGUAAAAGCUCAUGGAUAUAGCUGUUUUUUAUAGCAGUGAUACAUGUCAAAAUAUUAAUAAAUUUACCAGACUAUAAGCUUUGAGAAAAUGCUUUCCUUUUAAAUUCGACACAAGUAAUUACUAAAGGCAAUUAAUUUGUUGAAUGGGACGCGUCGUAGAGGAAAACUCUAACUUUGAUGAGUUUCUUAACUCGAUUGAAAAGGGCUACGUUUCCUAUUUAUACUUUGUUUCUUGUUUUUGGCUUAGAGAUAAAUUAUUAAAUUAAUUGCAAAUUCGGGUAAAUUAUUCGAGAUUAUCGAAUUAGAAUUAUUACAAUGUUAUAACAACUUACUGUGUUUUCAUUCAUUCUGUUGGUUAAUAAUAUUUAGGUAAUCGGCUACUAAAGAUUUUAAUAUGGUCUGUGUAAUAAAUUAUCACGAUUAUUUGAAUUUAAAUUUUAAAUAAAAUAAGCUUGAAAGAAGAAAAAAUAAUAUUUAGAAUUAUUUCCAAACUAGGUUUUUAAAAAAUAAAUAAAGGAGUUAUGUAUUGGCGCCCUACUAUCCUGAAAAAAAAUUCCCCAAAGUUGUCUAUUAGAAAAACUCGAAUUCACGACUGAUAAAAAUAUAGUCUCAUCUGUUUAUUUGUUUUUUUGAUUGAAUUACGGUAAUUGUUUGGUAUAAUAUUAUCUAAGAGUUACUCAAAACUAAAUAUAAUUGAUUUACUAAAGAAAUUAAACGUUAACUAUAUCUAAUUAACAAU